ACCACCAUCGAGGCCGGCAACGAGUAUUACAACAUCCUGAUCGACACGACGUCGGUGCAAAAUGACGACGUGAGUUACCUGCAGGGCGGGCAGGUGCACACCUGGCUGGCCUCCCAGGACUACCAGAGGGAGACGAACAACAACAAAAUCACGGCUCUGCCGCCGGUCUCGACGAUCACCGGCUCUCGGACUCCAAUCCGCCAGCAGCCUCCUAGAGAGCAGCGGCCUCGUCGUCGGCGGCGGCAAUGCCGUCGCCAACCUCAACUUCUGGGCGACGGACGACGUGAAGAACGGCAGCCAACAGCAGCGCAGCAGUACGGAGGUAGCGGCAGCGAGGUCGACAAGUACUGCUGGACGACGGCCGUCGUCGACCGGGACGGCUUCCAGCAGCAACCCGCCCUCGGGCAGAACACCGACGGCUCCAUCUACACCCUGACCGUGCUGGAGAACAGCGAGCCGAGCUCCAUGGACGGCCUCGACUGUCGAAGUCCUAACUCGGCCUGCGUCACCGACAACUGGAUGCGCUCGAAUCAGCUUUCAGACUUCAACAUGGAGUCGAUCUUCAACAUAGAGGACGCCACGGCCAUGUCGGAUCACAUGAGCGUUGCCGUCGGCUCGGUUAGCGCGAAUAACGUCGUCGUGAUUGUCGAGCAGCACCAGCAGCAUCAACGGGUCGUCGCGGACGUCGGCAACAGCGAGCACUAUCCCAGCUCGACUCAAGCCACGACCUUUGUCUCGACCACUCUCAGUCCGGCACAAGAAUCCGGCGACAACAACAACGACUGGAAGCUGUCCGACAGAAACAAUGCGGAAGAGCAGCAGCAGCAGCAACAAUCACAGCCAUAGACGCAACCUCAGCAAGAACAAACACAGCAGCAGCAGCAACAAAGCACCGAGUCGGCCGACGAGAGCCUACUGCGAAACGCGCUGCAGGGCAAGAUCUACCCGAACAGCGUGGCGGCGGCGUGCGACUCGCAGGUGCUGCGAUUCUUGGCGCUGGUGCGCGCUGAGCCCGGUACCGAGAUUAUUUCCAACGAUUUGAUUCUGUCGCAACUGGAUCUGUCGAGCGGCGUCGACUGCGCCGCCAUGGAGUCUUACUGGAAUCUCCAGCCGGUCUGCAACUCGACCAGUGACCAGCAGCAGCAACAGCAGCAGCGUCAACAGCCGACGGUUCAGCACCUCGUCUACACCUACGAUCCGUGCAACGACAACCUGGGCAGCAUCACGAUGGCCGCCGCCGAUCUCGUCAGUGCCAUCGUCGUCCAAACCCCGCCCCAAGUAACCCAGGAUAUCUCGACAAACGCAAUGCCAGCCGAUAGCGGAGAUGGAGCCGAACGUGAGCACCAACAGCAACAGCAGCAACGGCAGCAGCAACAACAGCGACAAGAGCAAAAAGCCCCCCAAGAAGUACUAACGCAAGCCCAAGGCAACGAAAGGAAAACGAGUACAGACAACAACGGUGCCGCCGUCGGCUCCACCAGCACCACCAGCAGCACCACCGGCCGUCGCUCGGUCUCGCCCAAAAGUGGCCGCAAGGAGCGAUCCCUGCACUACUGCUACAACUGCCAAAGGGGCUUCAAGGACAAGUACAGCGUCAACGUGCACGUGAGAACCCACACUGGCGAGAAGCCCUUCAGCUGACACCACUGCAGCAAGUGCUUCAGGCAGAAGGCCCAUCUGGCGAAGCACCAUCAGACCCACAACCCAAACGGCAAGAACGGCAACGGUCGCAAGCAGGCCAACAGCCCGAGCUCGACCGUCACGUCGUCCGUCGUGCAACAGCAGCAGCCACAGCAACGACAGCCGCAUCAGCAGCCACAGCAGCAGCAGGUCCAAACCAGCGACUCCGUCAUCUACGAGGCGACCAUCAACGAAGUCGCCUCGGCCGAGACAGAUAUCCUCGACAGUUAG